GCAAAUUGAGUCAAAUUCUGAAAAUCUUUCUGGUUACGAACAUCCUCGAGAAGCAAGUCCUGCUGCGAGCACUUUUCCUGUCCGAUUCAAUUUCUCUCUUCGAUCCCAAGUUCUCCAACCGAAUCCUGAUUUCUUUUCUUCUGGCGCAAAUCUCCCACCUGCUGAUUCAUUUAUUGGAAUUAAUGGGAUAUUUGUCAGAUCGGACGGUCAACUUCUCCCCAACCUCGUUCUUCAAGCACAAAAUUCUUUAAAUCUGGGCUUCGAUUCUUCAAUUAUAGGGUGCCUACCAGUUCAGAGCUCUAGUUAUUUGUUAGUGUACCUCAAGAAAAGGAAGGAAAAAUGAGUGUCGCAAAGUCUCAGGUAUGGCAGCCGUGUAAGAAGAAAAGAUUUUGAUAGUUCGUGUGAGAAACUCUAGACUGUAGAGAGAGUUAGAGAGAGAGACAGGGGGGACAAGAAGGAGCUAUUGGAAAUCUGAAUUUUAAGGAGAAUUCGAGAAGAUGACAUCGCGUUCGGGGUUUAACAGCAGCAAGAUCCGAGUGGGCAAGUACGAGUUGGGUCGGACUUUGGGAGAAGGCAAUUUCGCAAAGGUCAAGUUUGCGCGCAACACCGAGACUGGUGAAAAUGUGGCCAUCAAAAUUCUAGACAAAGAAAAGCUUCUCAAGCACAAAAUGAUUGGUCAGAUAAAACGAGAAAUUUCAACAAUGAAACUGAUCAGACAUCCAAAUGUCAUACGUUUGUACGAGGUCAUGGCUAGCAAAACAAAGAUAUACAUUGUAUUGGAAUUUGUGACUGGAGGGGAAUUAUUUGAUAAAAUUUCAAGCAAGGGGAGGUUGAAAGAAGAUGAAGCCAGAAAAUAUUUUCAGCAGCUUAUUUGUGCUGUGGAUUACUGUCACAGUAGAGGUGUUUUCCAUAGAGACCUAAAGCCUGAGAAUUUGUUGUUGGAUGCUAAUGGAGUACUUAAAGUAUCAGAUUUUGGUUUAAGUGCACUUCCUCAGCAAGUCCGAGAAGAUGGUUUGCUGCACACAACAUGUGGUACGCCAAAUUAUGUUGCCCCAGAGGUUAUCCACAACAAAGGUUAUGAUGGUGCGAAGGCUGAUCUUUGGUCAUGUGGUGUUAUUCUUUUUGUUCUAUUGGCUGGCUUUUUGCCUUUUGAAGAAAGCAACCUUGUGGCUUUGUAUAAAAAGAUAUUCAAGGCUGACUUUACAUGUCCACAAUGGUUCUCUACAAGUGCAAAGAAAUUAAUUAAGAGAAUUCUUGAUCCCAAUCCUGCAACACGUAUUACAAUGGCUGAACUCAUUGAGAAUGAAUGGUUUAAGAAGGGAUAUACUCCUCCUAGAUUUGAGCAGGCCAAUGUCAGUCUUGAUGAUGUAGAUGCUAUUUUUGGUGAUUCAUCGGAUUCUGAAAAUCUUGUUGUAGAGAGGCGGGAAGAGGCACCAGCAGCACCUCUAACUAUGAAUGCAUUUGAGCUUAUCUCUACGUCCCAAGGUCUCAACCUUAGCAGUCUUUUUGAGAAGCAAAUGGGACUUAUUAAACGGCAAACAAGAUUCACAUCCAAAUGUUCAGCAAACGAGAUAAUUUCAAAAAUUGAGCAAGCUUCAAUGCCCCUGGGUUUUGAUGUUAAGAAGAACAACUAUAAGUUGAAGAUUCAAGGGGAAAAGACUGGACGCAAAGGCCAUCUAUCUGUGGUGACUGAGGUCUUUGAGGUAGCCCCAUCACUUUGUAUGGUUGAGGUUCGCAAAUCUGGAGGAGAUACUUUGGAAUUUCACAAGUUUUACAAGAAUCUAUCGACUGGACUGAAAGACAUUGUCUGGAAAGCGGAUCCCAUUGAUGAAGAGCCUGAUGGGGCUAGAGCAUCCGCAUAAUGGAAACUCGAAUCUUUGUGUUUGGACAUAUGCUAUGCCUAGUUGUUGGAGAGGAGUGAUGCUUGAAAGAGACCGUUAACGAUGCUUUGUGAUCGAGCCUGUAAAAAAAAUUGCUUUUAAUUGUGCGUUGUGUGUGAGAAUUGAUCGGAUAAACUGAGUUAUGUGUUUCUUGUUUAUGUAAAUUAUGUGGAUUUAAUAAGAGGGUUGUAAUCAAUCAAACAUGUCAUGAAAGCCUGGAAAGGUUAUUGGAUUGUUGGUUAAAA